UGUUGGAGCAAAAGCCAGCUGCAGAAAUGGCAAGCCAUCACCGAAGAAGUUCACAGCAAGGGUUGCUAUAUCUUUCUGCAACUUUGCUGUGCAGGUCGCACGGCAGACAAGGGAUUUUCUAAGCUCUCAUCUGGCAAUAUCCCCCUCGAGGCUCAAGCCAGUGCCAUAGAGACUGAAAAUGAUGAUAGACCACCGGAGCCGAUGAGCGAGCAGGACAUCCAUGACGCCAUACGCGACCACGCCACUGCUGCCCGCAAUGCCAUAGCCUCCGGCUUCGAUGGCGUGGAGCUUCAUGGUGCUAAUGGCUAUCUUAUCGAUCAGUUCAUCCAAGAAUCUUGCAAUAAUAGGACGGAUAAAUGGGGUGGCUCGGUUGAGAAUCGCUCGCGCUUUGCACUCGAAGUCACUGCCGCUGUUGUUGAUGCUGUUGGUGGUGAUCGUGUUGGCUUCCGCAUCAGUCCUUGGAGCACAUACCACUCUAUCGAGCCUCGGAAUCCGGAGUCUCAGUUCACUCAUCUAGUCACUGAGUUGCGGAAGUUGGACCUGGCUUACCUACACGUCAUUACAUCUCGUGUGGAUAACUGGUACGAUGUGGACCGUGUAAAGCCUCUUGAUUUUGUCUUUGAUAGCUGGCGAACAGACAUACCUGUCAUCAUCACUGGGGGGUAUGAUGGAGAUUCUGCAAAGCGCGCUGUUGAGGAGUAUAAGGACUUCAAGCUCGCCGUUGGAUUCGGUCGGUCGUUCGCUUCAACGCCUGAUCUUGUGGCUUGCAUUAAGAAGGGUAUCGCACCAAACCCUUUCAAUGGCGACCUGGCCUAUACUCCCGGUACCCCCAAAGGGUACAUCGACUAUCCUUUCCUAUCCUAAGUUUAAUAUAAAGGCACUAUGCCCUUUAGCCAGC